CCACACAGCAUUGCUGGCUGUGAGUACAUUGUGACGUUCGUGAUGAUGUGUGUUCAUGUGUUAAAACAAACAGAGAUGUCCAUGCAGACAAAAGCAGCAGCUCGUUCCAGUGAGUGCCUGCUGUAAACAGAUGUAAGACAAGAAUGCUGCCUUUAGACUCAGGAAACUGUUUGGAAAUCAUUAUAGGUCUUUUCUCAUAGUGGAUCUGAGUAGGUUUGUGUAUAUACUGUGUGUUUUGGAGACACCAGACUUGAGUGGUGAGCUGUGCAUCACACUGCAUUACAUUGGGAAACCUGAGAAAUUUCCACCUCAGAGGGGUGGGAACAUUGAAAAGAGACUGCAGGUUUCCCCUGAGCCAAUAGGAAACUGAUCAUUUGCUGCUUCAGUCCAUGCUGUCACCACAUCUACCUGUCACCAGUGUCACACUGCCAGGACCACCACCGCCACCACCGCUCGCCUUUACACCACGUUUGUCUCCCUGCAGACUGCCAUCAUGGUCUUUUUGCCAUUAACAUGUGCUGUGGUCAUCAUCAGCUGCGUUUAUGGAAGACCUCCAUUACCUCCUUUGCCAACGAAAGAUGGCUGCUACCUGGUCAAUCCAGAGGUGGGGAUAUUCAGAGUGGAGGGUGAAGCAGUAAUCCUCUCUUUCCCGAUGUUCAGGCGUGUUCUUGAAGUACGCAACAUUGCCCCCCCAACCGCCGAGUACUCCAUCACCAAGGACAAUGAGACGGAGGGCGCAAACUAUCAGGCUGAAGGCCGUGUUCAGCAGCAGGAUAACCAGCUGUGGCUCCUCCCAGCUCUGGCUUCAGACUCAGGGGAAUAUACCUGCACAUACAGAAAUGAGACCUACUGCGUAACUGGAAGUAUCAAGCUGCACGUGUACGAGCCCACUUCAGUAGACAUGAAAAAGCUGACGUAUGAAGUGAGAGCCGCAGUGGGAGAGAAGCUUGCAUUGGACUGUCCAUCCAAGUUCAACAAGACGGACAGCGUGAUAGAGUGGUACAAGGACUCCAACACCACUGCUCCUCCACCAGGCAAAGCAGGGUCCUUCCAACAGCACACAGGCAAACUGAUGAUCCCAGCUGUGAAGCGAGCCCAUGCAGGCAUCUACACCUGCAAGCACAGGGUCCGCAUUAACAGCCAGCAGUACAAAGUCAGCAGAGUCAUUCUUCUCCAUGUGCAAGGCCCUGAUCCUGAGAUCACAACCAAAUCCACUGUGCCUAACUUCUCCGUGACCUCUGAUCCUGGGUUAAUCAGCACCAGCACUGUCAACACUCCAAUAGUUCAGCCACCUGUGAUUGUUUCACCACUAAAUGGGACCAUUUUUGAAAGUCCACAUGGUUCAGGACUGGAACUGUUCUGUAAGGUGCUCACCGAAUGUCAAACAGCAGAUUCUACUGAGGUCACAUGGUUGGUAAACAGCCAGACAGUGGAGUCAUCGUACCUUGACAAGCGUGCUCUGCAGGGGGGAAGAAGGGUUACCAGGGUGUCCAAAGGCUGCCAGAUUGAGUUGAGGCUAAUUGUCGAAGCAAUAACAGAAGAAGACGAGAAGUCGGAGUUUAAAUGUGUCACUCAGAACAAAGGAGGAAGACGAGAAGUUGUUGCUCAGCUUCGAGUAGAAGACUCCACCUUUACAUGGGCGGUUGUGGCUGCAGGGGCUGUGAUCGCAUUCCUCACAGUGGUCUCUGUGUUUUUCUACGUCCUCUUCAAACCUAGAAGGAAAAAGAACAUGGAUUACUUUCUGGCUCGGCAGAGCAGCACCUUCUAGCUCUGACGCCGUGCACGCUCCCUCAUCAGAGACCUCCUUUUAAACGUUACCUUUUACAUCAAAUUGUUAUUGUUAUGCAUUAUUUCCGUGUGAUAUCCAGGAGCAGCACCACGUCUUUUUUAGGGUUGUCCAUAAAAUCCACUGCUAAAGGCUGCUAAUCAGCAAAUGAAUAACUUUAUGUUUGUUAAUGACGUUAUAGUUUUCGGUGGGGAUUUACUGGAAUGAAUGAAACAAAUACCUCUCUGACACUCAAAGAUGAACAAUGUUUUUUUUGUAAGGUUGGAAGCAUGUAAUAGAUGAGCUGUUGUUUUCUAGUUCUUUUACACCGAUUCAAGACAUGAAAUCCAAUUUAAGAUAACACGCCAGAUGUUUGAGAUACACACUGGCAUCAUUGAUGCUUUGACACAUUUGGAUAAUGAUAUAUCAAGAAAAUGAGUGGAAUUUUAACUAUUUCCCACCAAAACUGUAAUAAUGUGUUUGUUCUGAUUCAGUUGGCUUCAAUUUCUUUUUGCGCAAAGUGUCAAGCAUCAUGUCGCAGAUUUCAGGUCCAUCAAAAACACCUUCCUUAAUUUUGGUUUCCGUUUUCUCAGGACUAAACUUAUUUCUUAAAUGCUGAAGUGCUGUUUCUGUCCAGUUAUCCUCAUUGUCCAAUGCUUGGAACAUCAUCAAAUUUGGUAUGGGUGAAAAAAUUCCAGUAGCAAAAUGCUUGUUUACCGGUGUUAUUGAUGUGUUUAUACUGUGUAUGUGUUAAAAAGUGCAAUAAAUGUUCUCAGGGAAGCAUCGUG